AGAAUCAUUCUCCACUGACCUUCUCCCACUCAUCUGAACCCCACAAAUCUCCUGACCUUUCCACAUGAGAUGCAGUGUCCUUACUGUCUGUGGCAAUGAAGAAUUAUCCAGAGGGAUCUCGUUAUGAACCCACAAAAUCCAGCAAUGUUUGUCAAAGGGCAUUUGGUUUUGAAGGCAGUAAAGUGGGAGAGAGGGAGAAGAAAAGAAGAGGUUCUAUCAAAAUAUUUUUAUAAUGGAAAUGUUUUGUCCCCACUUUGCUAGGAAUUAGUUUAUAUUUUGCACUGGAAACAUGGCAGCCUUACGUACUUCACCGAUGAACCCAUUCCAAGAAUUUAUGGGGGUAUUGCCCCUGCAACAAGCAAAGGAGACUGAGAAGUUGGACAUGCAGCAGAGCCUAAAUGAGAAACCUUCAUUGUGCCCAAUUGGCAGUAUGCAGAAAGUUAACCAGAAAAUUGCACAUUUGCGACUGGAGCUGGAAAAAUUCCACACUGAUGACCUGGUGAUUGAGGACUUGGAAUCAUUAAAGAGAUACUCUGGACAGAAGAGCUUCAGAAGAGAGAAAAAGAACUUCAAGACGUCCAAGGACAGAGGCACACACAGAGAUAGGAAGGAGAUAGGCCACUUUGCACAGAAGUAUGAGCACUCUAUGUAUGCGUCAGACUUUUACCCACUCUCUCAGCCCAAGCUCACCUACAAGAAGCCUCAGAAUACAUCAGAAAAGAACAAGCUGGUGGAACUGUAUCAAUACCCAGGGUACAACGAGCAUGAGCCAACACCGCUGCCUAAUGGGACGGAGUUGGCCGAAGUCAUAGAGAAGGUGGUGUGUGCCCAGAGAAAGUCAGCAAGUGGGAAGACUCCUUUUCCUUCAAAGAUGCUGCAGAAGUUUCUCACAACUCCAGUCUCUCAGGCUAUCCUGUUGGACAGCUUCUGGUGGUUUUUUCUCCACUUAUAUCAGCCAAAUAGAGAGAUUCAGGGACGGCUGUUUGAUCGCAUUGCAAAGAAUUAUGCCGCCCUCCUGUUUGACUGUCACAGGUUCCGGUACCAGAAUGCUCUUAUUAAAGUUUUCCCUUCAUUGCUGAGCCAAACCUUGUACACCUGCUUCUGCUCCAGCUUUCCAAGAUCUUGGUUCAAUACAGAUGAGUUCAAGUCCCAGCUCUGCAAUGUGCUGUCAGAGUGGAUGGCAGGGACACUGCCUGUCCCAGGGAGCUACAGUAACUGGGACUACUCCCAUCUGGAACCAGAGAGAUUUAGGAGGGAAGACUUGCUGUCAACAAAGGGAAAGCAGAGGAAAGAAUCCUCUGUCCCCUUUGCUUCCUCAAAGGCUUAUGGCAACCCAGAAAAGACUCGUCAGCCAUCCAUUCAACCAUACAAGAAAUCCAUGUCUUCGGGCCAAACUGUCAACAAGUACCAACCUGAUCAAACAAGUGUGGACCUCGACUCCAAGGAAGUUGUACAUGCAUCUAUGUCCUUGAAAGGCAUCAAUCCUCAUACCAUGCCACAUGAUCUGCAGCCUGAAAAGGAUGACCUGAAAAGUGCUUGGAAACAGCCCCAACACACAUUUGAAACAAGGCGGCUAAAGAUCACCCCCCUUCAUAGAGAGUCACACCCAGCUUGUCAGGGCCCUGACUUCACUUGGCAUCUCUUUAACAUCAAUGGACACAGCCCACUAAUUCAGCACUUCCUCCAGAGCUAUAAUGUUGAACCACAGUCUGGACAAGACAUCUUGAUUCACAGGAGGGAGAUCUGCAAGCCUAUACCGGAGUCCACGCCAACCUAUGCAGAUGUGAUCCGACAAAGUUUUAAUCAUAUUCGCCAUCUGGACAAUGCCUUCAAAAGAGUCCACCAGAGACACUGUAGAGAAAUGAAGGAUUUUGACCAGCAACAGUGGAAGGAGAAGCAAGAAUUCCUCAGAAAAGAGAAGCAAUUGCUGUCAGAGAAAGGAGAAAUGAAGAAGCUGAACCAAUUGCUGACCCCUCGCCUGGAUGUACUCUUCAGUUCUGAUGAGACUUCAAGUCUGCAGAAGUGUCUUCAUCCAGAAACAACCAUAAAUCAAACAGCACCCUGAGCAACCCAGAAUUCAUGAUUCCCACAACAUACAUUGACAUAAAUGUCCAUUCAGACCUUCAUAUGCAUCUUAACCGUAUAUUUUGGGCAGCCCACCCCAAAGCUUUCUCCACCAAUUAGGAACAGAGAAACCUGAAAAAAUGUGAAGAAUCAGUUCACAGAUGUACUCUGAGUUUAAAAGUUUGAUUUCUAACCUCAUUGAUCUGUAAAACUGGGCUGGAAAAAUCUUAUAACAUUGCAAGAAUGGAAGUAAUAUGAGAAUGAACAGUCACCUGAAUAUUUUUUUUAAUAGUUUUAUAGUUUGGUUCUUUGCCAAAAAUUUGAGUUGUUCCUUGUUUUAUCUAAACUGGCUUGGUCCCAGGCUGAAAGGCACUGUAGUUCAGACUCAGUACAUCCCCUUGCCAACAAUAUACAGUAAUGGAGCUGUGCUGGCCAGCUGCAGACCCACCCAGACAGGAGCUCUCUGUGCUGGUGAAACCUGCAAUGAAUCCAGCCCUGUGUCUCAGUUUUCCAUUGUAUUAAAUAGGAAUAUUUUAUCCGG